AUGCUUGGUCUUUGCAAAGAAUAUAGACUGACCUUGCUGUCUGUCUCUCUCUCUCUAUCUCUAUAUCUCCAUGACUAUACUGUAGUACAGUACGCUACACUACCACUACCCUACUACCAUCAUGCUAGUUAUGGCGCGGGUGCGUCGUUAGACGUACCCUUCCCACUUGUGCGAGAGACUGCUCUUGUUUCUAUGGCUGACACCAAAGAACAACUCGAUAACAUAUAUGGCGACGAUAAAGUCCGAACAAAGUCGUUUGUCGACUCCCAACUUAACACUUUCCUUGAUGGCCACAGAUUUCAAGUGAACCAUACGGCAGAAUUCAACUUGGGGCGUUUUAAUAAGAACGUCAGUAACCCUAUGUUUGCCAACUUCAGUCAGUAUGCCACAUAUGAGGACUUGGUUCGAUCUCCCUCUAACGACCCAAAUCUGUACGCGCGUUUGCGUUGUCAUACCAUGUCAAAGCUUGAGGAGGCUUUUGAUGACCUCAUCAAGGCCUGUUAUAGACAAGGGCGUAACGACUCGCCUUUCGACCCACCUCCAGCUACUCCUCCCGCGAACUUCGAACCAAGACCUAGGCCCAUCUGGACCAAGGAGUUCAUGCUUUCGGCGUUGCGUCAGUGGCGUUACAUGCCUAACAAGGUUAAAACCGGUAGUGGCCCCCAGGGCAACAAAGUGGUUAACACUGACAACAGAUGCAUUAGGCCAGAUGGCUCAUUCAUCGACCCCGCUAACGCGGGCGAACGUUUGCUGUUUGCCCGGGCCAUGGCCGUGUGGUUGAAUGCUAGUUCUGCGGAGAGAGGCUUUGCGCUGGAGAAGAUUGACGACAAUCGACCCAGAAAUGUAUGGUUCCUCACCACCGAGUCAAACAGCCUUGUUGUCAGAGAGACACAGGACGGCGGUGUCCGGCCAUACGGAGUGGUCGCCAAGCGCGGCAAAUUCUGGUUUUUGAUGAUGAAUCGCGCUGUUACGAACCAUCGAGAUGAGACGAGAAAUCCUGUCUUCGACGAUCUCAAGUGCAGCGAGUUUGCUGCUUUGUACUGCUCCAUCCCUAAUGGCUUUGUCAGGAAAGACAAAAAGAUGGAACUCAUUCAUGGAGGUAAUCGGUUGCCAAAGCCAGUCGAUUUCGAGUGGGGGUGUCAAGGCCUUGCGGGUCUGCUCCAGAGGUUUUGUGACAUUGAUGGAUCCAAUCAGUCGGCGGCCAAGGAUCUGCCCUGCUGGACGGAAAUUAAACACCUGGUCACAAACUAUGGUAUUCCGAACCCCUUUUGGGCCAUCCACACCCUGGUGAAAGCGACAAUGGAUGUGGUACCUUCUUCCAACAAUGAGGAGCACAUAUCUACUUUCAACAAGACCAAUUACGAGUCUAAGUACUAUGCGGACCAUUACAUUUCGUACCUUAGAGGCUAUCAGACUUUCAUGGAGAAGAAUGGUGUCACUGUGAUCGAUGAUAAGCUGCUCACUAAGUUUCAGGAUGACUUCUUGCCACAGCAUAAGGAUCAAGGUAGGGAUGGGUAUGAUUCACAGCUCUACUUGCUCGCAGACGCGCGGCGUUGUAGCCGUGAUGGCCUCCCCACACCUCACAUUCCUCCUGCUGUCGCUAGCGCAUGGAAUACUUUCUCCGAUCUUCAGCUUUAUCUAACUACGUUAGGUAACAAAUUUCGGAGAGGGGGAGGACAUACAGCAUGCUACAGAAGUCCAAUGCCAAUGAAAUAUAGCGUACACAGUCUUAAUGACUCAUCAUCUAUGCAAUUUGGCACAAAACCCGGCAGAGCGCUUAUGGCUGGUGCAUUCAACUCGGAAUGGGUUGAUGGAGUCAAAGUCACUGGUCAUGCUCUUGCAAUUCUCCAACAGCAACGUGAACAGCUUUAUGAACCUCGGGAUGAUCAAAAUGACCAUGGUAUUUUAUCCGAUAUUUUGGAUGAUCUCGACGAUUAUGGUGAUUUCGAUUCCAAGGAAGAUCUUCUGGCUGAUUACUCUGCUUUUGCUCUCCAUCAGCGUCAGCGUGGCGGAGGUAGACCUCCUCAAAGAGAGAAAGGUUACUACAACCGUUAUGAUGACCGCAUCGAAGAAGUCAGAAAGCGAAUAAGAGAUAAACUCUCGAGAGCCAAGGAUAAUCUUGACGAUGCUCAUAAAUGGAACAGAAGAUCGCCAGGCAACGCGCGUGUUGUCCCAUAUUAUAAUGAAAAGGCAAGUAGGACCCCUGAUCUUAGCUCUGGAAAACGAGCCAUGGUAAAACCCUGGCAGGAAGGUAAAAGGUUACAGGACGCAAAGUCUCGUCAAGACUGGAAUGCUGUUGCGGAGGUUGACAAAGAACUUGCUCAAGCUUUAUCUACUUAUCAGCAACCACCUGAACUAGCUAGGGAAGAUCCAGACAAACCUACUCGCCAAGACAAGCAAGAUAAUCUCAUCUGUGCACUUUUAGACGUUUUGGAUGUGGCUAAACACGCUAAGAUGAGUCCUGAAGCUACUGCGGCAGCACUGGCCGUCAUGAAUGAUAGAUUCUACAACACACCUGCUGGCGAAGACGAAGAAGACGAGGAAGAAGACAACCGUUCAGUGCUACCUCACUCAGGGACCCAGGACCAAUGUUCUGAGACCAUGUUAUUGUAG